AUGCCCCGCCAUGGGGCACAUCCCGCCCUCGUCCUGCUCGCCCUCGCCCUCGCUCUCGCUUCAGGACACCUUCCCUACGCCGUGGCAGAGUCCGUGGCCGGCGGAUGGGCGCCGGGCGCCUCGUUUGUGGCGGCGAACAUGUCUUGCCUCGCUCUUGACGUUGUUCCGGCUGUCCCGACCCUCGUCGACCCGCUCAGCAAUGCCCUCGUCGAACUCUGGCUCCGCCCGCGCGCCCUUCCCAGUGACCGCCUCGCCGUGGCCGCCGCCCACACUCCGGCCGGCUUCGUCGUGGGCCUCACUCCAUCGGGCAGGCUGCUCGCCGCCAUUGGAGCAUGUCCUGCUGUGGAGAGCUGGCGCGGCGGAGCCGCCGACCCGCUGCCGUUCUCCGGCUCGAGCUGCACCCUCGUCGCCUCCAAGGCCGCGCUCGCUGCUGGUCCUUUCCGUUGGAUCCAUGUUGUCAUCAGCUGGUCGCCGGCUAGCCAGACACUGAGUCUGAUAGUCGACGACAAAGGCGAUGCCGCUGUCACUGCGGACGCGGGCUUCUCGUGGGCGAUCGGGCCGGGUGCCUUCUCACUCUCGCUGGGCUGUCUCGACGCGCCGAGCUCGGGUACCACCGACGCGUUCUUUGACGGCUGGAUCUCUGGUCUAGCGCUCUUCAACAGCUCAGCGCUGGCGGCCUCUUCCGCCGCGCCUUACGACUUGUCGGUCGAGUUGACGCUAGUCCGUGCCCUCGACGCCGCGCCGUUGGUCUACGCCGCGCCGCUGGACGGCGAGUACAUGCCGCCCGUCAUCGGCAGGGCGAGCGGAAGUACACGGGCGUCAAACGCGCUAGCGUCGCCGGUCUGGGGCAUGUUUGGCCCGCCGCGACCGGUUGUCAUCGCCGUCGGCAACGCUACUGCCGCCGCCGAAGUCUGGAUCUCGGGCUACGAGAUGGUCGGCAAUGUUCCCAGCAGCGGCGCGUUGCUGCGUCUUGUCUCAUCACCGCCGGCGGCGACGGCGAUUGUCCGACCCGGCUCUGCACUCCUGCUGUCGGCUCCGGCUCAAGUUGACCUGCUCCCGUUACUGACGAGCAACCCCGCAGAUGCCGGCACGGUUGCUGGCCUCCCGCUCCUCGCCAAUCUUUCGUUCCGAGGCGAGCCGUGGAGCGGAAACUGUGGGGCCUCACUGCUGCUCGUCGGUUCGCCCGCAAGCUGGGAUGGGAACAGCGAUGUGUGUGGCCCGAAGCGGGCUGUCGAACGCGAUGUCCCAGUCUGCGGUGCCUGCCCGCCAUUCGCCAGCUGCAACAACUCGUCGCCCUACCCGGUGGCACUGCCUGGCUUUGCGGCAUCGGUUGCCUCGCCAGGCACAUUUGUCACCUGUCGCAACUGCGCCGGAGACGGUAGCUGCAAGGCCGGUGCAACCGGCGAGCUCUGCGCGCUCUGUCUUCCCGGCUACUACCAAUACCGAGGCGCGUGCGAGAUCUGUCCGUCCGCAGGUAGCAGGGCGCUGUGGUCGGUCGGCCUCUUUGCCCUCAUUCUGCUCCUUGUCUUUCUCAAGCGCUGGUUUGCCUCGCUUUCAGUCGCCGCCAACUUUGUCCAGAUCAUGGGCGUCUUUGCCAACGUAGACCUAGAGUGGCCGUCGACGCUCACCGCCAUGUUCACCGUCUUUUCAGCCUUUUCGCUUAACCUCGACCUCAUUUCCCUUCCGUGCACCAUUGAUGGCCUCGGCCUUGUUGGCAUCACUGCACUCAAGGUCGCGCUCCCGGCCUUUUUCGCCGUCAUCUGGCUCGUCGCUUUCGCCAUUGUCGCUGCCAUCCGGACCCGGUGCUGCACCCGCUCGCCUGGAGCUCAUCCACAGUCCGCAGUUGCACCGGCAUAUAGCCCGUUGCAGGCAAAUGCCCAUGGGCCACCCAUCGCUGAUACCGAGCUUGUCGAGCUUGGUCAGGCCGAGGAGCAGAUGGAGGAGUCGGAGCCAGAGCCCGAGCCAGAGCCAGAGCCAGCGUCAAAGUCGAUGCUGUCGCCACCAUCUCCUCCGUCGCUCUCGCGAGGAGACGUCUUGGUUGCUUGCGGCGUCGACGGCUUCAUCUCCACCUUUACCGUCCUUGUCAACAUUCUCUACAUCUCUCAAGUGGCGGCGCUCACCGACGUGCUUCAAUGUGAGCUCAAGAGCGACGGGCGGUAUGUCCUCUCUCGCUACGAGAACAUUACCUGCUACGAUGGCGGAGGCGAGUGGGCGCGCGCGCUGUUUGUUGCUUGUGCUGGGCUAGUUGUCUCGAUCGCGGGUGUCCCGAUCUGGUACUGGCACACAAUGCGGAGGCAUGCCCUCGAGUUGGACUCGGAGGCCUUCCGCAGGCGCUACGGUGUCAUGUGCUACAAGUACGACCGCGACUACUUUUGGUGGGAGCUCGUCAUCUUUCUUCGCAAGCUGGCGGUCACUGCCGUCACCGGUAUCCUCCCGGUCGAUCCAGUGUGGAAGGCUGCGGCGGGCAUCAUUGUUUUUCUCGGCUUUGGCCUCCUUCAAGUCUUUGCCCACCCGUUUGUCUCGCAAGUGCUUGACGGCCUCGAGUCGAUCGGUAUGGCGCUCUCGUUCUUCCUCCUUGCCAUUGGUCUGGUCUUCCACUCGGAUUCGAUGACGUCGUCGGAAGAGUCGGCGCUUUUGAUCAUCGCCAUUGCCGUCCUCGUUGCUGCCGUCGUCGUCGUUACCUUUGCCGUCGCGCUCGACGUCCAGAGCAAAGUCUCGCGCUUUGCCCUCACCCGGCUCCUCCGCGGCGCGCCCAGCUCGGCUGCCGCCGACGCCGCACUCGUUGACGACAUGGUCCACGCCCCGGCUCGGCCGUAUCUUGCCUCCCUCCAGGCUCAGCUCCGCGAGUCGCUCCUCGUCGUUCUUGGCAAGCUCGAGGCGCUCUGCACCGACGAAAUCGCCCAAGCGGCAGUGUUGCUCGGGCGCGAGUACUCGGGCGCUGCUGGUAGCGGUGAUGCAGACCUCGUUCAUCGCGACACCGCCGCCGCGCGCUCAAUGCACGCCAUGACAGCCGGCUGGCAGAAUGCGUCUUCCAAGUCGCAGCUCGCGCUCGAGUCCAUUCGCUCGGUCAACUACGUCAUCGCCCUCCUCGACCACAUCCAGCUCGACGCCUAUGCUGCCGCUCGCUCGACCGCACUCGCCCAGGCCCCAGGCCUGGCCUCGCGGCGCUCGCAGCUGCUUGCCGACUCAGUCAAUGCCCCAGCACGGAUGACUGGAAUUUUCAACCGCCGUCGCGCCGGUGGUAUCCACUUUGUCACUGGCUCGUCGGCAGCAGGCGCGUCGUCGCUGCCCGGAGAGUGGUGGGCGCGGAAGGCGCAGGAGUAG